UACGCCGCGGCGGCCAUGGGGAUCGACGCCGACAUCGACAUGGCCGACCUCGCCUCUCUGGACGGCCCCGCCUCUUCCGCCGCCGCCGCCGCCGCCGCCCCCUCCACCCGCUUCGCCCCCAACAUCAAGGGCAAGCCGAAGGCCAAGCCUAAGCCGAAACCAAAAGCAAAGCCAAAACCGGAGCCCGCGCCCGAGCCCGCGCCCGAGCCAAUACAGGAGGAUGAGCCCCGCGCGGCGGCGGCCCCGCUACCUGAGGAUGGCGUGGACGCGAUGGAGACGGACGCGGUGAGCGCUGGCGUGGGCGCAGAUGAGAUGGAUCACGAGGUCGAGGACGAGGACUUCGUGGUGCGGGAGAUCGAUGUGUAUUUCACGCCCAAGCCCUUCGACGAGGACACCAUGCUUUACAUUAUGCAAUAUCCGCUGAGGCCAUGCUGGCGCCCGUAUGAGCUUAAUGAGAUAUGUAAGGAGGUUCGCGUGAAGCCGCGGAGCUCAGAAGUUGAAGUAGAUUUGGAUAUCAAUACUCACAGUGAUAAUUACGACCCAGAGGUUUCUGCAUCUGUGAGACUAACAAAGCAGACACUAUCAUCAUCGAAAGCAGCUGAUGUGACUGAUUAUGCAGUUGGGGUUCUUCGAGGCAACUUGGUUUAUUUAAAUCAUAUUGAUGCAGUGAUGCAACUGCGACCAUCCAUGUCACAUCUAAAUUCUGGUGGAUCACAUACUAGGCAGCCUUCACAACGGGUAGAAACAAAUGUUCGUACAGGUGGUCCAGCGGCUCCAUCAGUUAAGGGAAAUGAGCGCUCAGAUGGUUCCAAGGACUGCGCUGAGGAAUCUGAGCCAUGGAUAUCUCUCACAUACGAACCAGCUGGGAGUCACAUUGCAAACAAGUAUGACACUGAGAUGAUAGCAAAUGACAGCAGGCCUAUAGAUUUCACAAUGAGCACAUCCGAUUAUGCAUUGUCAUUGUGUCCUGGAGGGCCGACAGGCAGCAAGAAUAUGAACAGAUGCCAUGCGCUAAGGGAGAUGCUUUUACUGCCACUGGAGGAGCGCCUGAAGAAAUGGUUUUCUGAGGUGUCACAAGUGAAUCGAUUUGAUGCUCUAAUGCAUCUUGCUCCAACCUAUUCAGAGGAAGAAGUUCUGAAAAUUCUUCCAGUGUAUGCAGAUUUGGUGCGUGGUUUAUGGGUCUGCAAAAGUUCUUUAUUGUAUGAUGAUGGACAUGCUCCCAAAAGGGAUAGAAUUAUACUCGAAUUUACAAAAAAAGAAUCCAUACCUAUGGAAAUCGUAGACAAACUGUUCGGAGAUGUGCGAACAAGGAAUAUGAUAUUGAAUCCACUGGGUAAAAGAAGGGAAAUGCUUAAAGACUAUAAAUUUAUAGUAGCAGCAGAUUUAUCCUUCAUAAAACGUUAUUCCCACAUAGUCAGGGAGCAAGAAAAUACUUGGUCAGUUCGCGAGGCAACUUUGGCUGCCACCCUAGAGAAAUAUAGCACUACCAAACAAAGUAAAACCAAGAAUUCAGCCAGGUCUAACAUUCCCGGGAAAUGCCCGGAUCCAGUUGUGGGUAAGACCAGGGAUGGCCUUGUUCAAGGAAGUGAAAACCAUGUGCGCUCUGUCUUGGAUAGUGUCUUCAUCGCCAAUAAAGUUCGCAGCUUUCAGGCAGUAGUUAGAGACUUGAGGCACUUGGCAGUAAAGUAUGCCUCUGACAGGAAGGAUGGAGCAAAGUUCCAAGCUCUGUCAAAUGCUGCAAAAACUUGUGUUUCACUUCCUCGUAAAGAGCUUGAGGCUUCAAUAAAAGUUGUUGCUGUUGAUGUCCAUGAUGUAUAUGUUCAAAGGACUGAGGAGAGGGGUACAGUGAGGAAUGUGAUCAUUAAGCUAUUCCGUGAAAAAGAACCAAAUGUAACGAUAAAGAAGCAGGAGAUUCUUGAUAAUGCUGUGAGAAUUCUAAAGAGAGAAGUUAGUGACAAGGAGUACCAUCAGGCUGUGACUGAGAUCUGCAUCACAAAUGCUGAAGGACACCUCGUACUGAAGAAUGGUGAUAAGCCCUGAAUUUGUUGUGAUGAUGAUUUUUGUAAAACGCGCAAAGGUGUUUCUUCUUUCUUGAAAUGAAAGUUCUUGAAGUUCACCGGAGUCACAGAAGUUGGUAAAUAAGCAUUCGAGCAAGAUACAUUCUAUUACCCAUUCUAGUCUUAGGUUGCGGUAUGGCUAAUCUUAUGGGACAUUGUUCUCACUCCUGGUUUCCAGAUCUUCCUUUCAAACUUUCGUUCUGAGAUACAAUUUUUAUACAGUAUUUCAUUAUAUGUCUGGAGUAAGGAAAACAUCAGCGGCCAAAGUGGCGAGAAGGGUUAUUGAUGAUGUUUUCUGGCACUUUCGUAUUUGUAAAGUGGACGUCUGUUCCAUUAUUCUAGUCGUAUUUAGUUCUGAGUAAUAUGAGGAUUCUGUAUAUUUAACACAUGCUCCUUUUGCCC